UCCCUGCGAGUCUCCCCAACCCCCACCCCCGAUCUCACCCUGACCCAGUCCCCCUGACCCUGAUCCAGUCCCCCACUCUCCUCUCUCUCUCUCGCCGAGUCGCCGCGCGACCUCACCCUGACCCAGUAACCACCCCCGCAGGCAGCGGUCGACACGGGUUAUUGAAUCGGAGCAUGGACGGGGGAGGAGAUGUACCGAAUAUAAAGAAGUGGACAGUGUUUUACCCAGUUUACAUCAACUCAAAGAAGACAGUGGCUGAAGGGAGACGGAUAAGCGUGAGCAACGCAUGCGAAAAUCCCACUUGUGCUGAGAUUGCCGAUUGCUGCGGCCAUCUCAAGCUCCCUUUUGCUAUUGAGAUAGAUAAGGCUUAUCCACGCGAUUUCAUGCAAAGAGGGAGAGUGAGGGUAUUGCUGAAAAAGGAGGAUGGGACUCUCUGUAAUCCAGCCAUAUCUUCAAGAAAACAGCUGAUGCUUCGUGUCGCUGAGUUGGUACCUCGGCAUCCUGGGAGGGUGAAGAAGCAGGAGCCUGCAUCCACAUCCACUGCUGGACCUUCCAAAUCUGGAAAGGGUGGAAGAAAAAAGAGAUAGAUGCAGUGCUGUGAAUGCUAAUAUGAGUUUUUCUUUCAACGUGGCGGCAAGCACAGGGGUUUUGCUAGAUAUUUCUUCAAGCGUUAAAACAAAGCAGUUGUAUAACCUUCUAAUGGGUUUGCUUGGAACGUUUUUGUUACAUGCUUGAAAGAAAACAAACGACAAUGGACAUUAGGUUUUUAUGAACACUAGUACAUUAAAAAUUGACAGGAAUAACCUGAGAGUUUCAAAAC